AUGAGAGAACAUGAUCAAUUUGACUCAUCCAUAAUCCGUCUCGGUGUCCUACUUCUAUUGUUUGAUGUUUACCUAACAUGGGCGCGCAUCGAAAAACAAACUUCAGUUUCCGCAUCCGCCCCCAUUGAAACAGAUAAUACCAAUUUCCUCCGUCUAGCCGCGCAACCCAUCGUCUUUCAAUAUGUAUUCUUCCUAAUUCUCUGCGCUCUCUCAACUUUAAGUUUCCACCUCUCCAUCCGCUUCCUUACUUCUUCGCCGUUUUCGCCCUUAGUAUUCCUCGGCCUCCUCCCAAAAUACACACGUCCGAACUCCGUGUCUACAGCUCUCCUCGUCUCGUCAUCUACGAAAUUGUUCCCUAUUCUUAUGGUUAUAUGGGAAUACGAUGUGCCAGCGGCGGCGAGGAGUCUGGGAUGGGCUGUCGUUGCGAAUAAUGUGGAAGCUUUGAAGAUACUAUUGGAUUGCGGGUAUGGAACUGCGGCAAUACUGGCAACGGUGGGAGCUAUUAGUAGAUGGAUGGUCGGGAGGGGCAUACUUUGGGCGGUGGGCUUAGAUGGAGUUGAUACGGUUGGAGAUUCAGGGGUAGCGGCGGAUGGGAAGGCGCUAUGGGCAGUCGUGGAAUUGGGCAGGGAAUGGGGUGGAAGGUUGGGAUUAGGGUAG